ACGGGACAAGAGGGGUCAGUGUCGGGCGCAGGAGCUGGGACAAGAGCGGCGGCAGCAGCAGCGGAGCGGAGCCCAGCGCCAGGCUGCCCGGCCGCUGCUGCCUCCAAUGCCAUCACAGCAACAAAGAGCGCGCUGAGGAGCGGGGAAGAGGCGCCCGGGCUCCACCAGCACCGAGGGCAGCGGGGGGAAGAUGGCCAGGAAGGGGGAAGCCGCCACCUCUCCCUACGGUGAACCAAGGAAAUUUGACCCAAAGUUCAGAGGACCUAUUCAUAACAGGCACUGUACCGAUGUUCUGUGCUGUGUAAUCUUCAUAGUCGUCAUUCUGGGUUACAUUGCAUUAGGAAUUCUGGCUUGGGUGCAUGGUGACCCCAGGAAGGUGGUCUAUCCAACUGACAGCUAUGGACAGUUCUGCGGCCAGAAGGACACCAUAAAUGAGAACAAGACCAGUUUGUUUUACUUUAACAUUCUGAAAUGUGCCAGUCCAAUAGUGCUAAUAAACCUACAGUGCCCUACAACACAGCUUUGUGUCUCAAAGUGCCCAGACAGGUUUGCAACAUACAUAGACAUGCAAGCUUCCUACAGAUAUAACAAAAGUUAUUGGGAGUACUACAGGCAGUUCUGCAAACCUGGUUUUAAUAAGCCUUUGAAGUCUGUUGCUCAAGUGAUCCGUGAUGAAGAUUGCCCUUCAAUGAUCAUUCCAAGCAGGCCUUUUCUUAAAAGAUGCUUUCCUGACUUCUCCACGAAGAAUGGGAUUCUGACGGUGGCAAAUCAGACGACAUUCAAAGAUGGAAGAGGGAAAACAAGAAAUGUAACUGAUCUCAGGGAAGCUGCAAAUGGUAUCAAUAAUGUCCUUGAUGCAAGAUCAGUUGGGAUGAAAAUUUUUGAAGACUAUGCCAGUUCCUGGCAUUGGAUUUUAAUCGGUCUGUUCAUUGCAAUGGUUGUGAGCCUGCUCUUCCUUGUGCUCCUGAGGUUCACAGCGGGGGUCCUCUUCUGGAUUUUCAUCCUUGGCGUGAUUGGAAUUAUAGGAUAUGGUAUCUGGCAUUGUUACUGGGAGUAUGAUCAUCUUCAGGGGACACCUGGAUCUGACCUCACGAUCUAUGAUAUUGGCUUCCAGACUGACUUCAGAGUAUAUCUGCAGCUGAGGCAAACAUGGUUAGCAUUUAUGAUAAUACUUUGUAUUGUGGAAGUCUUCAUCAUACUGAUGCUGAUCUUCCUGAGGAAUCGGAUCCGGAUUGCUAUUGCACUCUUGCAGGAAGGGAGUAGGGCUAUUGGCUACAUAAUGUCCACAUUAUUCUACCCCAUUAUCACCUUCAUUCUCAUUGCAAUCUGUAUUUCCUAUUGGGCAGUGACAGCUGUUUUCCUGUCUACAUCAGGGGAACCUGUGUAUAAAGUAAUGGCUAAUCAAACACUGUGCAAGUAUGCAAACCUGACCUGUGACCCAGAGACUUUUAACACAACCAAUGUGACCAAAUUAUGUGUUGGUGCUCAGUGUACUUUUGCUUUCUAUGGGGGAGAAAGCUUCUAUCACAAAUACAUCUUCAUCUUUCAACUCUCCAAUGCUUUUGUCUUUCUGUGGCUGGUAAACUUUGCAAUUGCACUGGGUCAGUGUACCCUUGCUGGUGCCUUUGCCUCUUACUACUGGGCCUUUAGAAAACCUGCUGAUAUUCCAACAUGUCCACUCUUUUCUUCAUUUGGACGAGCAAUACGAUAUCACACAGGUUCACUAGCAUUUGGAUCGUUAAUUCUUGCAAUAGUCCAGUUGAUUAGAAUAAUCUUGGAGUACCUGGAUCACAAGCUGAAAGGUACACAGAACUCCUUUACGAGAUUUCUGCUCUGUUGCCUCAAAUGCUGUUUUUGGUGUUUGGAAAAAUUCAUAAAGUUCAUAAACAGAAAUGCCUACAUCAUGAUUGCGAUAUAUGGUAAAAACUUCUGCACCUCAGCAAAGGAAGCGUUCUUUCUGCUAAUGCGGAAUGUGGUGAGAGUUGCAGUGCUGGACAAAGUUACAGAUUUCUUGUUGUUCCUUGGGAAACUUCUCGUUGCUGGCGGUGUAGGUGUUCUAGCCUUCUUUUUCUUCACACAUAGAAUACCAGUGUUCACACAAGAAACCCCAACAUUAAAUUACUACUGGGUACCCCUGUUGACUGUCAUUAUUGGCUCUUACCUAAUUGCACAUGGGUUCUUCAGUGUCUAUGCAAUGUGCGUUGAUACACUUUUCCUCUGCUUUUGUGAAGAUUUGGAAAGAAAUGAUGGAUCCACAGCAAAACCGUACUACAUGUCAGCUAGUCUGCACCGAAUUCUGGGAAAGAAGGAACUAAGCCCUAAGAAGGCAAUGGGAUAACUUUAAAAAAUUGCUGAAAAUCAAAACAAUGUCACUUUUAAGUGGGAUGUGUAUAAACUAGGCAAAAGUUAAAACUGUGAAUGAUGCUUCUGGUUGAUGGGUGAUUCUUUUUCUUUUUGCUUGUAUCUAAAAUCAAUUAGCAAUUUGGUAACAUCUAACUAGAUAGGGAAAUGCUUAAACUAAGAGCUGUGAAACAAGGCCACGUUUUAGUUUAUAGAGUGCCUAUGAAAAAGGAAAAUGUAAAUUUGAAUCUUUUUAUCCAUAGCUAAUGGUGUUUUAAUAACUUUUGUAACACAGGUUGCUGUUUCAAAUGACAGCUGUUUUGAUAACAUUUCUUUUUUUAUAAGUGUAUCUUUGUAAAUGAUAUUCAGGCAAUUUUUGAAAGCACUACAAUGUAACCUAAUUAGCCAUAAAAAUAGAUCAAGAGACUCUAGCAAACCAGCAGAUGGUACUAAAUUUGUAAAUAUGGUGCUAUGGUUGUAUUUUUACUGUACAAGCUGGUUGGCAGCGAUUUAAACUGUGAUUAUAUAUGUACUAAUAGUUCCCUACAUAGAUCUUUUGAUCACCUCUAUUACAAACUGUAUAUGUUAAUAAAUGAGAAAGGGGUAUCACACAGGUUCAGUCUCAAAGAAGGUAGCUAGAGUAGACUACAGCUAAAACUGCUUUAUAGUGAAAUCUGUUAUAACAUAACCCCUUUUAGAACAGAAGUUGGGUUAAACAUUAACCUCCAUUGAAGGAGUGUUCCACUGUACCUGAAGAACGUGGUUUGUGGUUCCCACAACCUUUCUAUUUCCAUCUGGUGCAAGAUGAAAAAUGUAUAGCUUUCAGCUGAUGUGAAUGGGAGAUGCCCUUGUAUUAGUAUCCCCUGUGCCUAAUGGUUCUAUGAUUUUAUUCUACAUGAUGUUGAGGUUGAGCUCCACCUGCAGUAUGGAAAGGAAAAACUGAAAUGCAGCCAUUUUCCUUAGAGGCAAGUCUUCAUGGCCCUCUAUAAGCUCCAAGGAAUUCUUAUUUCCUGUGUCCAUCCCAGAUGGGCUUCCUCCCUCCUUCCACAGGCUGAAUGCACUGUCUCUGUGGGACUCUCCGCUCCUGUUAGCCCAUGGAGUAAGUGGCCAGGGCUAGAAAUAAAAUCUGAGUCUCUCACCUGAUAAAGCAGAGCACUAAUUAUUUAGACCAAGGAGCCAGGCCCAUAAUGUUUGGUGUAUGUUUAAAUCAUUAAAGUUGCUUGGUUAUAAAUGCAAAGACUAGUAGUAGCUUUAUACUAUUGGUGUAAUACAUGUUAGUUUUACACUGAGGGCUUAUUUACAUGGUGCCAGCAAAGCGCACUAGAGGGGUGUGAUUUGUAAAGCGUUUUAAUGUGUUGCACCCUAACUGCCCUGGGUAGACCUGCUGAUACACUCUAAAAGGACUAUAGAAUAUCAGGGUUGGAAGGGACCUGAGGAGGUCAUCUAGUCCAACCCCCUGCUCAAAGCAGGACUAAUCCCCAGACAGAUUUUUGCCCCAGAUCCCUAAAUGGCCCCCUCAAGGAUUGAAGUCACAACCCUGAGUUUAGGAGGCCAAUGCUCAAACCACUGAGCUAUCCCUCCAGGAAUAUGUUACGGCAAACUAGGUUCCUUUUAGAGCACACCAGCAGGGUCUACACGGAGCCGUUAGAGUGUAAUACAUUAGAGGGUUUUAUAAAUCACACCUAUCUGGUGCUGUGUAGGCAAGCCCUAAACCCCAAAUUCUGCAAGCCUUCUGUGCAUGGAACUACCACUGAAGUCAAUGACAGUUCCACUUGUGCAGGGCUCACAGGAUCAGCCCUACGUUUUAUCUGGGGAUUUGUGAAGAGUAAUACAAAGAAUUCAUGAUUACUGUAAGUAGGAGGAAUGGGGUAACCUUUCAAGAUGAUGUUACUUUUGUGACUGGGGCUAAAAAUACUUUAACCUAUUUAAAUACUAAUGUAGAAUAAUUGUUGUAAAGUUUAAGGGGGCCCAAUGGGCCAGCAUCCCAGGAGCAUCUAGAAAUCCAAAGCCAGUGAGGCUACGUUCUAGCCUUCAUGGGCUACAGAAUUUUGAAUUAAGUAUUCCAUGGCAGUCCUCAGCGUCAGAACACAGGGGCAGGUUCUUUUCCAGUUGGCUGAAGAUUCAGUCAUAUGGGAAAGAAUUUUUAAGAGCCCAUACUUUGCUCUCCGGAGGCAGCUCCAUUUCCAAGGUCAACCAAGAAACAAGGGUUGGUGUAAUACAUCCUGCACUUGGGUGAAUGGGAGGGGAGUAGGAAAUUCCCAUCAUGCCUGAGUAAUUUUGUUUAUUAAUACUAGCCAUAGGUUGAAUCAGUUGACUACAGGUGAGUUAUUCCACCCAUAUGUUGGAGUAACUCCUGGGGAAUGGAAGGAUCUUAAGAUCACAUGGCCUAUGCUUUCAAAAGUGACUAGUGUUUUUGAAGGCCUUGAUUUUUGAGUGUCCCUCUUGAGACACUUUAAAGGAGCCUGGCUUUCAGAAAGUGCUGAACACCCACUCUUUGAAAACCAGGCUCUUUUACAAGGCUUUUCAAAUUGGGUAUCCAAAAAUUGAGAAGCAAAAAUGCAAGUUUCUUUUGAAAAUUUAGGCUAGAAUGAACUGUUUGGGCUGCGUGCAAUCAUUCCAUCACCUAAAAGUCUGCUGAUCUGCUAUUCUAGAUCAGGCCCCAAUGUAAUAUAGGAUGGUACUGUAAUUAGUUCAUUAAUUUGCACCCAGAAAGACUGAGCAGAGCCAUCUAUAGUUCUGCAGUGGAUUGAAGAGUUUUACUGGGUGCUCUAUUGAAAAGGCGUAUUUCUAAGUAAAAUGCGCUUUUUGCCAUAUGAAUGUAACCGUAGAGUUUAAUAUGACAUAAUAGAAUAUGAAUAUGACAUAAUAGAAAUAGUAAUAGUCAUAUGAUUAGAAGUUUUCUUAAUAAACCUAUGCAUUUGCUAGAAGAAUUUCUAAAAGUUUUAAACUGAAUUGAUUGUUUAUAUACCAUAGAUAUAUAUCUAAAGUUCCUCCAUUCAUUACUAUUUUGUGAGAAUUAAUUUAGACUAUAAAUUUACAGUGUUUCUGAGAAGAGCAUUUAAAAGCCAUUUUUUAAAAUGAAGCAAUUAAGAGAACUGUGAAAAUGCAAAGCAAUAUCGCUUAAAUUCUCCAGUCAAUCAGCUGAAAUACUUUUUAAAAUUAUUUAAAAUUAAAAUUGGUAAAAGAGAACUGAAUAUUUUGGAAUAAUGUAGGCAGAAAUUAUUACAAAUAUUAAUUUGCAAAAUAAAUCAUACUUUUUUAAAAUAAUGAUUCCUAACUAAUCCUUUGGGCCAAAUUCUGCCAAUUUAUGACCUACGCAAUCCCUGUGAAUUCAGUGAAUUUGGCACUUUACUCUGUUAUUUGCUUAAACAUGAAGAUAAAACUUAAUUACUGUGUACUUCCUCACUUUAGGGAAGUGGAAUAUUGGGCUAAGUAUGGUAUGUUAAGAUUGUUUAUUAUAUAGGUUUUGAUCCUACACCCACUUAAGUGAGUGGGAAAAUUCCCAUUGAUUUCAAAGGGUAGAGACAGGCCCAUAUAGUGACAAAAGGCUGAUUAUUAUUCUAGCUGUUUACAGUAUAAUAAAUGCCAAAACAUCAAGUAUUGAAAUAAACCUAGAAAGCUAAGAGAGCUGUUGUGCAUUAAGAGUUCAGCAGGUGGUGCUAUUACUUUUCUUAUUGUACUGCUUUGAUCAUUUACUUUGUACCAUUCUUCCUCCUAGUGGAAGAUUUAGAAAGACAUGAUGGCUCUGCAGAAAGACCCUAUUAUAUGAGUAAAUCUCUCUUGAAGAUUUUGAACAAGCCGAAUGUAGAAAC